UUAUUACAAAUUAUAGGCAAAUGGCGCGCGUCGUCGACCAUCGCGUGCCGAUCGUUGCCUUUUUGUAAGGACUAUUCUGUUGUCUACGUUUACUACUAAUGUAGCUACUCCUAGGACAAAAUUGUUGACGUGAAAUUAUAAACUUAGCUUAGUAAACAGUUGCGUGUUCACUUUGAAAGUGAAAGGUGAGCUAUAGCCUAAGCUAGCUGGUGACCUAAAUCCACCCGACGGGUGUUUUAACAUAAGAACUUACUUGUGGAAAGUGUUUAGUUUGUGGAGAUGGCUUCUGGAAAAGCACAAACUGUUCUUGGUCUUAUCGAGCCUUCCAAGCUUGGACGGACUCUCACUCAUGAACACCUUGUCAUGGAUUACAAGAACUGCUUCUUUAAACCAGUGAGAGAGUCUGACAUGGAGACAGUUAAUCUCAAUGAAAUAACUUUACGCAAUCUGAACUGGAUCUAUCAAAAYCCYUACAGCCAUAAAUACAACCUUUCACUUGGUGAUGAGCCACUUGACGAGAUUAUUAGUGAGGCAGCGGAGUUCAAGAAAGAGGGAGGUUCAACCAUUGUGGAGAACACUACUAAUGGCAUCCAAAGAAAUGUGGAACUGCUGAAAAAGAUCUCUUUGGCCACUGGACUCAAUGUCAUAUCAGGGACAGGGUUUUACUUGGAUCACACAGUAACAGAAGAGAUGAAGGCUCUUACUGUAGAGGAAAUGUCAAAUAUGAUGACUAAAGAUUUAACAGUUGGUGUAGACAGCACUGGGAUCAAGUGUGGUGUGAUUGGUGAGGUAGGUUGUUCAUGGCCACUAGCACCAUUUGAAAAGAAAUCUUUACAAGCUUCAGCUAUGGCACAAACAGACACAGGUGCACCUGUCAUUAUCCAUCCAGGACGAAAUGAUUUCUCUCCCAAAGAAUGCCUUAGAGUGUUCCAAGAGGCAGGUGGCGAUGUAAAGAAAACUGUGAUGUCGCAUCUUGACCGUACCAUCUUUGACCGUAAAAUUCUUGUUGACCUGGCUGAAACUGGUUGCUAUCUAGAGUAUGACUUGUUUGGUAUGGAGAUGAUACAUUACCAGGCAAACCCUGCUGUUGACAUGCCAAGUGACUCACAGAGAGUUCAAGAGAUCAAGUUUUUGAUUGAUGAAGGCUAUGAAGACCAGAUAAUGAUGGCACAUGAUGUUCAUACACGACACAGGCUUCUCAAGUAUGGUGGUCAUGGAUACUCGCACAUUCAAGUGAAYAUCAUUCCCAAGAUGCUUAAAAGAGGAAUAUCACAAGAGGUUGUUGAUAAAAUACAAAUAGACAAUCCAAGAACAUGGCUGACAUUCAAGUAGGACAAAUAGUUGGUAAAGUCAGCUCUUCCUUCCCUGUUCUAUUGUCAGGGAAGAAUUUGUCUAAAACCACUAGUAUAGUAUAGGAGUCAAAAUAAGAUUUUAUUGAAUUUUCAUUCUCAUGAUUGGAAUAGUAGAGCUUACCUUUUCAUAUUUUCUAAGGAGCAUAUAAAAAUUGAGAUAUAAAAGCCCCUCCCUCCGAGGGAGGGAAUGAAUGCUCUGAAUGCUAUUGCUACUACUAAUAGUAACCACAGUACCCACUUAUCUCCCAGGUAUCUCUGGUCUGGUCUGGUCUUUAGUACAGUACUCAAAGUUAACAUUGUAAAGUUUCAAUUUGUAGUAUAUUUGAAAUUUUAGGAUAAAUAGGUUCUUUUGUAAAGGGUGUUAUUUGUAGGUUAACAGGUUUUUAAAUUUUAGGUUCUUAUAAAGAAUGUAUCGGUCACUACUGCACUUCUAUUGCUGCAAUUGUUAGUACUAUAUUUUUGAUAUCAAUCAUGUGUGACAAAAUCCUUAUAAUCCUGUAUUUUUAUAAUGAUUAUACACUACUCGAUUAAGUAGACAUAAAUCGAUUAAAAUUAAUCAAUGCUUGCAAUAAAAUAACUUUUCGUAGUUUUUUCCUGGAGUUUUUUCACAAUUUUACGAAACUUUAUCCAGUUAAAUGUUACAAUUUCCCGGUUUAAUAAAUUCUUUUUCCUGAU